ACCACCGUACGAAAAAUGGCCACGCCAUCGGUCCCCUACAUCGGCUCUCGCAUCGUCCUCAUCUCCAAGAGCGAGAUCAGGUACGAGGGCACGCUCGGCUCGGUCGACACGGCCGCCUCGACUGUCAAGCUGCACCAGGUACGCUCUUUUGGCACGGAAGACCGCAAGACCGAGGGCGUCAUCCCAGCGUCGUCGCAGAUUUACGAGUAUAUCAUCUUUCGCGGCGCCGACAUCAAGGAUCUGCAUGUGUGCGAGUCGACCGCCUCGCAGCCCGCGGCCGCCACGUCGGUCACGUCUGCGGCACCCGAGCAAGCGCCAGAGGCGCUGCCUCCGAGGCCGGCGGCAGCGGCCUCGGAGGCAGCGCCGGCGUGGGGCGCCAACCCAUCGCAGGCCAGCGCCGUGGCGCCGGCGCCGGCGGCUCCUCGCACCCAGGGCCAGAACAAGGCCCGCGGCGGCCGAGCGCAGCCGGGCAUGCCGCGCCCGGCGCCGAAUGGCUCUGCAAACGGCCAUGCGGAGGAGUAUGACAUCCAGGCCAUGCUCGCGGGCUUCGACAAGGCGGCGGUGAUGCAGGAGGCGAGCGAGCGCGUCAAGACGACGACCGCGUACAACCCAAAGGUCUCCAUGUUCGACACGCUUGACGAGGAGGUUGCAGAGGAGGGCGGCCGCAAGGGCGGCCGCGCGUUCCGCGCGGAGAUGCGCAAGAACGACAUCAGUACGUUUGGGGAAGACAUGAUCAAGGAGGCGGACCGGCGCGCGAGGUCAAAGGGCAGCGGGCGCCGCGAUACAGCAGCGGUGGAGAGCGCUCGUGGAGCGCUUGCGCUCUAG